AUGGGACGAAGUAAGCAUUUAAGCCUCAUAAUAUCUAUAGCAUUUCACCAUCCUGUAAGGUGGGAUGACACAUAUUGUAGUGAAUGGGAAGGAGUGGAGUGCAACUCAUCCACAGGGAGAGUGGCCAAACUUGAUCUUCAAUGCCUGUGGAGUGUAAUGUUCAUCCCAUCAGAUUGGCAUUUAAGUUACGCUGAUCUUGUUGUCUUCAAAGAUUUGAAGAGUCUCAACUUGAGCCGUAGUUAUGGGAUAUUUGAUUGUGCAAACAGGGAAGGGAGGGAAAAUCUGGAAGUCCUUGACUUGAGUGACAGUAACAUAAAUGUCACCGACAUUCUUCUUUGUUUGAAUGGCCUUCCGUCUCUCAAGUAUUUGUAUUUAUCAUACAACAGGUUCUAUACAACAUUCAACGUUUUUGAAACUUUGUCAUCGCAGUUGCUCAGAUUAGAGAUCCUUGACAUAAGUCAGAACACUUUGACUAAUGACAUGUUGCCAUCUCUAGGGGGAUUCACAUCUAUGAAGGAACUGUAUUUGUCUGACACUGGAUUGAACUCAGAUAUUCAUAUCCAAGGUUUAUGCUCUAUGUCGAAGAAUCUUGAGGUCCUUGACUUGUCUUACAACAACUUUAAUGACAGUGAUAUUGCAUAUGCUCUUAGGGAACUUUCAUCUCUGAAGUCUUUAAAUUUAGGAAACACUCAAUUGACUCCAAGGUCAAUUCUUAUGAUAUGGUGCGAAGUGUGUUGGAAGGAAGAGAGGGAAGCUCUUUGGGAUCUAAAUGCCCGUUUUGGCUUCUCUUUGUCUUGGCAGUGGGAUGACACAUAUUGUAGUGAAUGGGAAGGAGUGGAGUGCAACUCAUCCACAGGGAGAGUGGCCAAACUUGAUCUUCAAUGCCUGUGGAGUGUAAUGUUCAUCCCAUCAGAUUGGCAUUUAAGUUACGCUGAUCUUGUUGUCUUCAAAGAUUUGAAGAGUCUCAACUUGAGCCGUAGUUAUGGGAUAUUUGAUUGUGCAAACAGGGAAGGGAGGGAAAAUCUGGAAGUCCUUGACUUGAGUGACAGUAACAUAAAUGUCACCGACAUUCUUCUUUGUUUGAAUGGCCUUCCGUCUCUCAAGUAUUUGUAUUUAUCAUACAACAGGUUCUAUACAACAUUCAACGUUUUUGAAACUUUGUCAUCGCAGUUGCUCAGAUUAGAGAUCCUUGACAUAAGUCAGAACACUUUGACUAAUGACAUGUUGCCAUCUCUAGGGGGAUUCACAUCUAUGAAGGAACUGUAUUUGUCUGACACUGGAUUGAACUCAGAUAUUCAUAUCCAAGGUUUAUGCUCUAUGUCGAAGAAUCUUGAGGUCCUUGACUUGUCUUACAACAACUUUAAUGACAGUGAUAUUGCAUAUGCUCUUAGGGAACUUUCAUCUCUGAAGUCUUUAAAUUUAGGAAACACUCAAUUGACUCCAAGGUCAAUUCUUAUCAUUCUCUUUGUACUUAUGGUUGGGUUCAUGCCUUUUGAUGCACCAACUCAUAUGGCUCUAUUCAAGAAAGCAACAGCGGGUUUGAGGCUAUUAGAUGGUGAUACUGCUAAAAACAUAUUGCAAGCGGUGAGGGAAAUGUUCAAAAACAGAAGUACACUGAAUGUUCAACCAGAUGCAGUAUCUGUUAUUGAUGGAACCCAAGAAG